GGCGUCGCGUACAUUCAGUCUUCUUUCUCUUGGUUUCAGUAUGGGGUCCGCUAGCAGCGCCGCUCUGCCCAUGAGCGAGAUCGACUUCGAGUCGUACAAGGGUCUGCGCUACACCACGGCUGUGCCUAACACGGGCGACGCCACGCACGGUCCCACGUACGAAGUGCCCAACACGGUGCCGGUCGACGAGGCGCAACAGACGCUGUACCACAACUUCUUACGUGGGUGGAGCCACGAGGGUGGCUCUCGUCCGUGCUACGGUCGCCGUGUGGUGGACCCGGCCACGGGGAAAGUGGGCGCCUUCCAGUGGCUCACUUACGCUGAGGUGAAGACCCGCAUGGACGACCUGGCGUCGGGACUGACGCGUGCGUGUGGUCUGAAACGCCAAGAGAAUGUCGGGAUCUUCGCUAAGAACCAAAUCGAGUGGUGCCUGGUGGCCCACGCCUGCGACCGCAUGGCCUUCGUGCUGGUGCCGCUCUACGACACUCUGGGGCCCGACGCAGUGCCCUACAUUGCCAACCAUACCGAGAUCCGAGUGUUGUUCUGUGGCAUGGACCAGUUCCACGUCGUCAUGGACUGCAGAGAGGCCUGUCCGAAGCUGCAAAUAGUCGUGCAGUUCGAGCCAAUCACGGAGGAGCAGCGUCGCUUAGCUGCAGCCAAGAACAUCGAGCUUAAGAGCUUGAGUGAUCUUGAACUCCUUGGACGUGCAGAGCCUUUACCAGCGGAUCCUCCACUCCCGACGGAUAUCUCGACGCUGUGCUACACGUCAGGCACUACGGGAGACCCCAAGGGUGUGAUCCUGCUGCACAGGAACUUCACCAUCGUCAGUUCUCUGGCUGGAGAGAGACUGCAAGUGAACUCGACGGACGUGCACUUGUCGUACUUGCCAUUACCGCAUGUCUUCGAGCGAGCUGUGAUCGGGUCCAUCUUGCAGAACAGCGCGGCUGCUGGCUUUUAUCAGGGUGACGUGCUCUUCCUGAUGGAGGACCUGGCCGAGCUCGCUCCGACGUUGUUUGUGUCGGUUCCAAGGCUGUUCAACCGCGUGUACGACAAGAUCACGCAGGGCGUCGCUGCAGCUGGAGGCCUCAAGAAACUCAUGUUCGACCAAGCCUACGCCAGCAAGCGCGCUGGGUUGAGUGCUGGCUACAAGACGCACGCGCUAUGGGACGCCUUGAUCUUCGCUAAGAUCCGACAGGUGCUGGGUGGCCGCGUUCGCAGCAUUUUGUCCGGAUCUGCUCCCUUGAGUGCGGACGUGAAGGAGUUUAUGAAGAUCGUCUUCUGCUGUGACGUGGUGGAGGGCUAUGGACUCAGUGAGACGGCGGCUGGACUGUGUCUUGCCUCGGGUGACAUGCCGUUGGGACCACACGUUGGCCCGCCACUGGUGCGUAUGCAGGUGUGUCUCGAAGACGUCCCGGAGAUGGGCUAUACCAGCAAAGACAAGCCUCGUCCUCGCGGCGAGAUCCUCGCGAAGGGUCCUGUGGUGUUUGCUGGGUACUACAAGCAGCCAGACAAGACCGCCGAGGUGAUCGAUGAGAAUGGCUGGUUCCAUACUGGAGAUAUCGGCUGCUGGAAUGCUGACGGAACGCUGAGCAUUAUUGACCGCAAGAAGAACAUCUUCAAGCUCUCGCAAGGCGAGUACGUUGCGGCUGAGAAGGUCGAGGGAGUGUAUCUGAAGAGCAAGUACGUGGCGCAGAUCUUCGUGUAUGGCGAUUCGCUGCAGAGCUGUCUCGUGGCAGUUGUGGUGCCUGACCCAGAGAUUGCUGAGGCCUGGGGGCUCGCCAAUGGCCUGUCUGGGGAACACGCUGCAGUGGCGCAACUGGUUCAAAACUCGGCCUUCCAAAAGGAAGUGCUCGAAGAUAUGCAGGCGGCCGGGAAGGAGGCGCAGCUGCGUGGAUUCGAGCUCGUCAAGAAGAUUCAUUUCCACCCGGAUCCGUUUUCCAUGGAGGAUGGUCUCAUCACGCCUACUUUCAAGUUGAAACGCCCGCAGCUCAAGGCUCGCUUCGAAGCCGAGAUCAAACAAAUGUACGCAGAACUACAGUAACUGAAAUCUUGUGUCUAGGCGCUAAGAAACUAAGACGCCCAAGUACCUAAGUGCAAUGUACAUGUACUGUGCUGAGGCAUUUGCAACACUAACAAGUUUAUCAUGUUCCUG